AUGUCAGGUCGUCCCAAGCGUCGUAUGAAUCGUCCCUCGGGGUACUCGCUGCAACGGCAGCAACAGCAGCAGCAACAAAAGCAUCAGCUGCAUCAAAACCGGUCGCUUCACCAACAACAGAACCAGCUCCACCCACAAAUGCAAGGCACGGUCCCCAAGGAGGAACCCUCUGCCCAGCUUCAUGAUGAAGCUGACCUUAUAUCGUUCCGCUCCGACGCAUUGGCUAGAUUCAUCACCAACCAGGAGUACUUGGAGAACGUUACGUCGAAAUACGUACAUAGCACUAAGAUUAUCCCUCCCUCAAGCUUCCCUCCCAAGAACGAGCACACCAGUGUAGAGGACUUAAAGCAAGACGAGGUGUAUUUUGGAACUUUGGCUUUGAUGCAAGACAAAGUGAAAAGAAUGAAGACUGAAUUGCUUACUGUGGGAAACGUUAUAACUGGUGAAGACUAUUUCCAAGAUGGGGAAGACAGGCGUGAGUACGCUUUUCAACAACUGAAGAUCAAGGAGCUCUCCAUACUACAGGGUGGUGUGAGCUCCGAGCAAUCCCUCAAGGAGUUUGAAAGUGGAUUUAAUGGUGUUAGCAAGGACUUGGAGGAAGAAUUCAAGAAAAAAUAUGAGACCAAGCCAACGUAUAAGAAGUUGAGUGCCAAGUUUGAUAUCAAGGUUGCUAGGGCGCCAGAUGGGUACGACCCGAAGAAAAUUGGCUCUCUUAUAGCCCUCCAGAAAGAAAAACAAGAGAGAGAAAGACGGGAGCAGGCUGAAAGGGAACAGAGAGAAAGAGAAGAAAGAGAAAGAUUGGAACUCGAGAGGUUAGAACAAGCAAGGAUCGAGGAGGAGAGAAGAAAGGAAGAGGAAAGAGAGAGAAAAGAGAAGGAAGCGCAAGAGCAACAGGCCCAGGCACAGGCUCAGGCGCAAGCUCAGGCCCAAGCACAGGCGCAGGCUCAAGCCCAAGCACAGGCACAGGCACAGGCACAGGCACAGGCACAGGCUCAACAGCAGGCACAAUCACAAGCCGCACAGGCUCAGCAGGUUCAUUCCCAGGGAGUGCCACACUAUCAAGGAGACACCUUGGAAUUCAUGAAUGAUUUCGAUGGUAGAAGUAUCCAUCCGGGGCCCAGUGCAGGCGUUUCAGCUGCUGUAGGAGCUCCGGAAGCAAGUGGUGACUCGGGUUUUGCUAUGAUGGUUAGCAACGACGGACAGAAGGUCGAUGACGAUGACGAUCUUGAUAAUAUUUUCGACGGCGGUGACGAAGUACUCUCAAGCAACCCAAUUAUGAACGACGAUAUGGAUAAUUUGAUAAAUUUCCAGGGAGAUGAAGAAGAUUUGAUAGGAGGAGGAACGUUUGACCAGGACUUCUUGAGCCAAAUAGACCAUUCCAUAGAGUAG